AUGCCCCAACAAUUCCAACUACAUUUUGUCAGUUUAUUAUUGCUAACAAAUUUAUUAGCAAUUAUUCCAGUCAGUUAUACAUUGUCUGCUUUAUGGCCAGCUGCUCAUUAUGCAAACGGAUUUAUUGGAGAGCCUUUAGUGGAUAGCAGUGAUUUUGAAAAAAUUCAAGCAUUUCCCCCAGUCAUUGGAGGACAACACUCAUUACCCAGUUUGGCACUUUUUGAAAUAACUCCACUUUCCGGAAAUAGAGAAAGGAGAGCACCUUUUAAGACGGAAGAAGACCGUUGGAUGCAGGCUAUGGAUAAUUUGCGAAAACCGAGAUUCGGAUGAUAGCAAUAACUACAAGAUAGAAGGAAGCAUACAGUAAC